GGCACCGCUCCCCCGACCGGACAUAACGGUCCGCGCGCCGCCCGCCCGCCCGGAAGUAGCCGCGAACCGUCGGGGCGGCGCCGGGCCUCGCUCAACGCCCGGCUACCGCCGCAGCCAUGUCGGCCAGCGCCGUGUACGUGCUGGACCUGAAGGGCAAGGUGCUGGUCUGCAGGAACUACCGCGGCGACGUGGACAUGGCGGAGGUGGAGCACUUCAUGCCGAUCCUCAUGGAGAAGGAGGAGGAGGGAGCCCUGUCGCCCAUCCUGGCCCACGGCGCCGUGCGCUUCAUGUGGGUCAAGCACAACAACCUGUACCUGGUGGCCACGUCCAAGAAGAAUGCGUGCGUGUCCCUGGUUUUCUCCUUCCUCUACAAGGUGGUGCAGGUGUUCUCCGAGUAUUUCAAGGAGCUGGAGGAGGAGAGUAUCCGCGACAACUUCGUCAUCAUCUACGAGCUGCUGGACGAGCUCAUGGACUUCGGCUACCCGCAGACCACCGACAGCAAGAUCCUGCAGGAGUACAUCACGCAGGAAGGCCACAAGCUGGACACGGGCGCGCCCCGGCCCCCCGCCACCGUGACCAACGCGGUGUCCUGGCGCUCGGAGGGCAUCAAGUACCGCAAGAACGAGGUCUUCCUGGACGUGAUCGAGUCCGUCAACCUGCUGGUGAGCGCCAACGGCAACGUGCUGCGCAGCGAGAUCGUGGGCUCCAUCCGCAUGCGCGUGUUCCUGUCGGGCAUGCCCGAGCUGCGGCUGGGCCUCAACGACAAGGUGCUGUUCGACAACACCGGCCGCGGGAAGAGCAAGUCCGUGGAGCUGGAGGACGUCAAGUUCCACCAGUGCGUGCGGCUGUCGCGCUUCGAGAACGACAGGACCAUCUCCUUCAUCCCCCCCGACGGCGAGUUCGAGCUCAUGUCCUACCGGCUCAACACGCACGUGAAGCCCCUGAUCUGGAUCGAGUCCGUGAUUGAGAAGCACUCGCACAGCCGCAUCGAGUACAUGAUCAAGGCCAAGAGCCAGUUCAAGCGCCGCUCCACGGCCAACAACGUGGAGAUUCACAUCCCGGUGCCCAACGACGCCGACUCCCCCAAGUUCAAGACGACCGUGGGCAGCGUCAAGUGGGUCCCCGAGAGCAGCGCCGUGGUCUGGGCCAUCAAGUCCUUCCCGGGCGGCAAGGAGUACCUGAUGCGCGCGCACUUCGGGCUGCCCAGCGUGGAGGCGGAGGACAAGGAGGGCAAGCCCCCCAUCAGCGUCAAGUUCGAGAUCCCCUACUUCACCACGUCGGGCAUCCAGGUGCGCUACCUCAAGAUCAUCGAGAAGAGCGGGUACCAGGCCCUGCCCUGGGUGCGCUACAUCACGCAGAACGGAGACUACCAGCUGCGCACGCAGUGAGACCCGUGGGCCCAGGACGCCGCUCAGCUGCCGGGACCGCCGCCCCCCCGUCUGGACGCCGGGCCGGCUCCUCGCUGGGCGCCCGCCCGGCCGCCCGAGUCAGUGCUGCCCCGCCGCCUCCAUUAAAGACGUUU